UUCCUGUCAGGCAGGGCCCGGCCCGGGGCGGCUCCGCCGGUGCCGCGAUGUCGCUCCAGCCGCGCCUCCUCCGCACCUACUCGCGGCGCGGGGGGCACCUCCGCCUGCUGCCUGUUCCCGAGCCAUGGAUUUCGCCGCCUCAGGACCGCAAGCGGUUCUUCAGCUCCACUUCCAGCACCGUUUCCACCGGCUCCAGCACCUUCUCCGCACCCUCGGACGACCCCGACUUCUCGCCGCCGAACGGCAAACGCCGCCGGCAGCCGCUGGGUAAACGCGCCUCCCGCCCUCGCCGAUUACGGCCCCGCCGCGGAGGGGCGGAGAAGGAGAACCGGCCCCCGGGCCCGCCGCUCCCCGCCUCCCCGGCCUCGCCCUCCCCGUCCCCGCCCCGCGCCCCUCCCCUGAGGCGGCUCCGCGGAGCGCGGCUGCCCCUGCUCUGCAGUACCCCCCAAUGGCCGCCGCCGCCCCGCCGCCGCGCCCCGCCCGCCGAGCUGCCCUCCCUCCUGCUCAGCACCAGCCUGGAGGGCGGUUCGGGGCUGGGGGGGAGCCUGGAGCUUUACUCCCCCCCGCGCAGGCAGCGGGCGGCUUCGUCCCGCAACGCCCUGGGCUCGCUGGAGUCAUCGCUGGGAGAGCCGGAGCAGCUCCAGCCUCUGCCGGACACCGGGAGGGGUGGGCGGCCCAGCCCUAAAGGCACGGGCGGGAGAGGCGAGGAGGGCUCCGGGAUGGAAAAGUCCGGCAGGGUUCUGAGGUCGUCGGUGCGGGGACACUGCCCGGCACAAACUCCCUUGACCCCACAGAAAGUCACCACUGCCCCUCGAGCACUGACUCGUGUUAAUGGUGAGCUGCAGCACCCUGCGCCCUGUGACGGGGCCGGUUCUGACGGGGCCGGUUCUGACGAGCCGUGUGAUGAUUUAAGUGGAGGUUCAACAAACAGAAACUCGCAUUGUCAGGGAGACCAAAAGAAGUGCUGCCAGCUCUCACCGGUGGUGGUCUUAGACCCUAAAGAAGUGCCAGAGUGGCUGAUGGGCAUGAAACACAACAAAAAGGCAGAUACUCGACCUACCUGCCAGCAGCCAGUAUCUCCUGUAGGCUUUCAAGGAAUCUCGGAAAAUGAACAUAGAAGUACCAAGGUCAUUCCUGGAGAGGGCAGUACCUGUAGGAAAGCUUGUAUCAGUGGCUUCAGUGCCAGUCGGUGGGGGAGGCAAAUAAGGCUUCGUCCAAAAAAGCACAAAAAUAAGAGACAGCAGCAGCCUAAUAACUCCCUUUUCAGACAGCCAGUGAGGAAAAAAGGAAAUAAGAAGGAUGCUCUGGAGAUGUCUCUAGAUACAAGAGACAAUGACUGUUCAUUCCUCAAUAGCUCCUAUUCCUGGGGUAGAGUUCAAGCAUCUUUGUCCUUCCAUAAGAAGAAGAAAGUUACCACAGAAGAGAGUUUCUACAGCAGCACCUCUUGUACCCCUUCUGUGAAAUCCAGGCUUUCAAGGUACCACGCACCCCCAUCUGCUGGCAAGGCCCAGUGCAGCACUUGGUCUGCUUCCUCCAUGCUCCUGCUGGCUCCCAGGGAUUCCUCUUCUGUCCUGGAGAUAAUGCUUACAGAUGCAGAGAAGGUUUUUGGGGAAUGCCACCAGGAGGGGCCUAUCACUUUUGAGGAAUGCAUUCCUUUAGAUAAGAUGAAAGAUUGCAAGAAAAUUGGAGAAGGGGUGUUUGGAGAGGUGUUCCAGAUCAAUAGUGAGAGAGGACCUGUAGCCUUAAAAAUAAUUCCCAUUGAAGGCACUGAAAGAGUAAAUGGGGAAGCUCAGAAGAGCUUUGGGGAGAUUCUGCCUGAGAUAAUAAUUUCUAAAGAACUCAGUCUUCUAUCUGAAGAGUCUUUGAACAGGACAGUUGGGUUCAUCAGCUUGUACUCCGUGCACUGUGUUCAAGGGGCCUAUCCUAAGUAUCUCCUGGAAGCCUGGGACAAAUACCACAAAGUAACAGGAUCAGAAAAUGACCGGCCACAUUUUUUUGGGGACAAGCAGCUCUUCAUGGUCCUGGAGUUUGAAUUUGGAGGCAGCGACUUGGAGAAUAUGAGAAACAGUUUCAGUUCAGUGGCAACAGCAAAAAGCAUUUUGCACCAGGUCACUGCUUCCCUGGCUGUGGCAGAGCAGGAACUGCACUUUGAGCACAGGGAUUUGCACUGGGGGAACGUGCUGGUGAAGAAAACAGAUGUAAAGCAGCUGAGUUAUGUGUUAAAUGGGGCAGCACACACAAUCCCCACGGCAGGGAUUCAUGUCAACAUCAUUGAUUACACCUUGUCUCGGCUGGAGAAGGAUGGGUUAACUGUGUUCUGUGACCUUUCCACUGAUGAAGAACUGUUCCAGGGCACAGGGGACUACCAGUUUGAUAUCUACAGGCAAAUGAAAGCAGAGAACUCCAACAGCUGGACUGAUUAUCACCCACACAGCAAUGUCCUCUGGCUGCACUACUUGGCUGAUAAACUUUUGAAAGCCAUGGUCUACAAGAAAAAGGCAUCGACUCCUGCCAUGAAGAAAACAAAGCAGCAGCUCAUUAAGUUCCACAAAGAAGUACUGACUUUUGAGUCUGCCCACCAGGCUUUAGAAAAGAGCAGCCUCUUCCAGUGA